GUUGUGAUCUUCCGGUGGCUAGCUAGCAAAAGCAAGCAGUCUCCAAUCGCUGUUCAAGCCUGGUUUGCAAGCUAACUAGCAGCCUCCGGAGUUAACCAUGAACAUUCUCCCCAAGAAGAGCUGGCACGUCCGCAACAAGGACAACGUCGCCCGGGUGAGGAGAGAUGAAGCUCAGGCAGCCGAGGAGGAGCGAGAGGCCAAGCGGAGAGUGGAGCGUGCAGAGCAAGAGGCACGCACCGAGUUUCUGCGAAGGAAAGCCAGAGCCGCUGUCCAGUCGGAAGGAGGAGGAAACCAGGAGGUUAAUGAUGGGGAACAAAGUGGAGCCUUGGAACAUCUCAACCUCUUUCCCAUCGAGGAGUCUGUGGAGAAGAAGGACAAUGAGGAGUAUCUCAAGGAAAAGAAAGAGGAGACGGAGAAACAGGAGCGUGCCAUCGGCUUACUGGUGUCUCUGGGACCGCAGCCGGGGACCGAGGUCACGCCAUGGUACAUGAAAACGGGCCAGGAGAAGGAAGAGGAGAGGAAAGAGAAGGAGAAGAGGAGCGAGACGAGGAAUGAAAAAAGGAAGGAGUUAAGCGAGGAGGAGCGGGAGAAAAAGGAUCGUCGGCUGAAGGACAGUUUGGACCCGUUGAAGGAGAUGAAGAAAGCUUUGGGGGAGACGGGCACCAAGAUGCACAAGAGCAAGAAAAGAGAGAAGAGAGACAGAGGGGAAAAGAGGAGCACUGGGGAAAGCUCCAUCGAGAGACUUCGAGCAGAGCGUUUGCAGCGCGAGUUAGAGGAGCGGCGGCGGGCCCAGGCGCUGCUGGCUCAGCGCAACAGCAAGGACAAGGAGCCCGGCAGGGAGGUGAACGAGCGCGAGCGGCCUUACAACAGCGCCUACUUCCCGGAGCUGGCCCGCAAGCGGCAACGGCGCGACAGAGACAGCUGGAGGGACGAGAUUUUGAAAUUGUGAACUUUUUGGUUUGUACCCAGAAAAAAAUGGGAGUGAAUCAACACAACACAUUGUAUUAUGUAAAUAUUUUGUUUAUGAAUGAGAAGUGGCCAAAUCUUUUUCAAUUCAUGUAGGAAUGCAAGGUACCACUGUAUGUUGUUAACCUUAUUUAUGUAAUAUUGAAGUGCAGUUGUACACCAAUGCUAAAUUACAACCUACAAUAAUAAAUAUACAGUACAGUACUGUUCAAGUAAUACCUCUCAAAGGUGGGCAUUAAUAUCUUUGUAAAGGCAGAAUUCAGUACUGCUGAGUGCUUAUUUUUUCUGUACAUAAAGGUGAAAAAUGUCCCUUACUGUGAUUUUUAAAACAGCCAUAUUG